AAAAAAAAAAGGUUUCCAAAAAAGGUUUUUCACACUUGCAUAAGGUUUUCUACCACUAGAAAACCUUUUGGUGUGUAAAAAAAGGUUUUUUGAAAGGGUUUUAUUUUUUCGUUCGUCGUAAAUCAUAUAAAAAACCCGAGUGCCGUUUAUUGAUAUCGAGGCAUAAUUAAAGAAGGAUAAAAAUAGAAAGGGUUUUAAAUAAAAUUACAAUUGCCUAGAAAUAUGAUAUUUUAAAUAAAAUAAAUAGUAUUUUUAUUUUAUUAUACUUAAAAUUGUAUUUUGUUAAAAUUUUUAAAGUAAAAUACGCAAAAUUGUAUACUUUUUAAGUUAACCGAUUUAUCUAUGAGAUUCCUAUAGGUCAAUUAAAAUAUUUUUACAAUUUUAAAGUAAAGCUAAUAAUUAAAAUUUAAAGUAAAACUAAUAAUUAAGUUAAAGAAUUAUGUCUGCAAAUAUUAAAAACUGGUCGCCUGCAGAAGUAGCCAAAUGGCUGUUAGAUAAUGGAUUUAAUGAAAAGACUGCAGCCGAAUUUGAAAAUUCCUGAUAAUAUACAAUAGCCAAAUAUGCCCCAAUUUUAUUGUGAAUGUGGCAACAAUUAUUUUUCAUUUGGAAAGUAAAUACUUUCCAUCUUUCCAUCAACGACAUCUUAUCUUGUUUCAUGAAAAUCAGCCUCUUUUUUACGUUAGAUGUGUUUCAAGUGCAUGCAAGCAAACUUUCAAAAGUGCUAAUAGUCUAAAAAAAUAUGUUCAACGAAAGCACAGUAAUUUAUUUAGAAGCUGGUCUAAUGAUAAUGAAAGUGAUCAGGGGAGUAGAAAUAAUAGAGAUGAUAACAUCAUAGAUUCAUCUGAAACAACCGAAGAAUCAAAUGAUCAAAAUAAUGUAAAGUUAGAUCAAGAUUUUAAAUGUAAAAAUAUUACUGAUAUGCUUAACACUUUGGAAAAACAUUUUGCAUUUCUUCUUUGCGACUCAGAGAAGUGCACAUACUUCCAGCUUCUGUUCAUGCAGAAAUUGCAAAAGAUAUACAAAACCUACUUUUGAUUACACUAAGUAGUUUUAAGGAUGUUAUAUGUCAAUAUUUAUUCAAAAAUAAUAUUUUACCACUAGACAAUGAUUGGGCACAUAUAACAGACACAGAAAGAUUGCUGCAAUUCAUGGGUGAGAUGUCUUCAAGUGAAAAUAGACUAAUUGGAUUAUUGAAAAGCAAAAAAAUGAUUGCAAUGCCAAGACAAAUAGAUUUUAGAAAAAAUAAUACAACUGCUGUUUUUCAAUACAUUCUGAUUCUAGAAGUUUUAUCAAAAUUAGUUUCCCAUGAAGAUGUUUACAAUUGUUUGGGUGACAGUUACAAUCAGUCUUUUUCUAAUAAUGAUUUUAUGAUGUCUUUUUGUGACAGUGAACUUUUUCAUAGUGACAAUUUUUUUUCUGAAAAUCCAAGUGCAUUGCAGAUUCAGUUAUAUGUAGAUGUUGAGCUUUGCAAUCCAAUAGGAGCUAAGCGAGGGAAGCAUAUAGUGACUGCAUUUUAUUUUUUGUUAGGCAAUAUUCCAUCUAAGUUUCGUUCAAAGCAAAAGUUUAUUCAUUUGGCUUUAUUGAUUGAACAUAAAUUUAUAAAAAUGGCCGAAUAUGACUACACUGAAGUUCUUCGUCCAUUAAUUUAUGAUUUAUAUGUACUGCAGAGAAAAGGAAUUGAGGUUUCCGUUAAUGGAUUACGUCAACGUUUAAAAGGCAAACUUACAGGUAUAUCAGCUGAUAUGCUUUCAGCUCAUGCUAUAGGAGGAUUUUAGCAGUAUUUCCAUACUGGAAGAAUUUGUCGUUUCUGUAUGGUGGACAAGUCAGAAGUUGGAAAUAACUUUAGUGACAGCACUCUUCGUCUCAGAACACUCUUCGUCUCAGAACACCAGAAAUUCAUGAAUACCACUUAGCUGCUAUAAUUGAUAAUGCAGCAAACAAGAAUGUGUAUGGUGUUAGCAAAAAGUGUGAUUUUUUAGAGUUAGAUAACUUUGAUGUACUUACAGCUUUCCCUCCAGAUAUAAUGCAUGAUUUAUUUGAAGGCAUUAUGCCAGUAACUUUGAAAUGUGUUAUCAAACAUUUGUUACGUUCUUGUAAUACAUUAUCAGUAAAUAAUAU